AUGCGAGAGGAUCUAUUUGUCUUAAAGCUCCUUGGGUCGGAGGCCGUUUUCGCAUUGUUUUGUGCCCUCGAGACACAAACGGCACACGCGGCGCACACGUUUUCUCGUAUCUGCAUGAUGCCUCCUGCGUUCGUCGGUUGGCCGUCGGAGCACCGAACCUCGCGGCCGCGCUCAGUCUAUCUAUCUAUCUUUACGCCGUGUGUCGCUGUCUGCCACCUCCUGUAGGCCAUAGCUCUUCCCACCACUGUGCUCAGCACACUCGUUUCUCUUGCCGCCUCUGCAUCUCUUUUGUUGCGUCGCGGCUGGCGCCGCGGCGAUCGAUCCUCUCUGUGGGACACACAGCGGCAGCGGCAGGCAAAAGAGACGAGAGCACUGAGGCCUGCAGCCAUCUCAGCUUGAGCAGCACUCAGACACGCCAUAUAACUACGAGGCCCCCGGAAGAGAAGCUUCGCUUGUUGGAGAGUAAAUUAUCGUCCACUUUUCUCCCAUCCUCCUCCUCUUCUCGCUACGAUUCGUUUGACGUUGUUGGUUUCCUGUGCAUGGUAAUCUAGAAGCCUCCGCAGCCACCGCUGUGUCCACCAUGAGCGAACUAGAUCAGCUGCGACAGGAGGCUGAGCAGCUCAAAAGUCAAAUCAGGGUACGUUUUGCUUUUUUCUUUUAUUUUUUUUUCCAUUUUUCAAAAAGUUGUCUUUUCACUGUUUCGCUCGUAUUCUGACAAUCUCUCUCAGUAUGGCUGCAAAUGAUUCCAAAAUCCAUCGUUUCAAGAAACAGAAAUUUUAUUUUUUUGAAAAAUUUUGGCUGACAAUUUCAUAUCGAUUUCGCCUUGAGCUUCUUUAACUUCUUCCUUCCUCUUUCUGGGUUUUUGUUCUCUUGAUUGACGUUUGCUUUGAAAAGGCCUUUUUCAAUUGGUAUAUCAGAUCGAUAAUAUACAAUCGAACCUUGACGCUUUUGUUCGACUUUUUCGAUGGUUCCUUGAUAACAAAAGGAAACUGGCCAUUGUUCCAUUUCUGUUUCCCUCUCUGAUAUUCCUUUAUUCUGUCAAUUUUUGACUAGAAUAAUUCGUGGCGCCUUUAUCGAUCCAUCGGCUGUUGUUGUCGCUCUCCGGGCGUUAAUCAAUGCAAUUUGUGUUAACAAUGUCGGUAACUCCUUCCGCGUUGGAGUUUUCCUUGCUUUCUCUAAACAAGGACUUGGUUACCUUGGAGAAGGCAAAAUAGGAGAGCGCGAGCUGCUUUCCGAGCACCCGAAGCAGGAGAAGCGAGAUGUGCGGAGAGCGCUAGACGGCGCCGCUGAGGUGGAUCGAUUCCGGUGUAUACACGAGGAUUCGCUGCACGAAUAUUGUGUGCAACGAGGAGGGCGCCAGGAAUAGAUUGGUGCUAAUGUGCGAGAGCCGGUCUGUCGCUCGCCAGCCUCGGACUCAACUCGAGAGACGGAGAGAACCACAGCCUCGGCUCCUCCAGCCGCUGCGACUGACGUCGGCGUCGCCACGAUUCGGGAGCGACACGUCGUCGCCGGCACAAUUGUCCGGCGGCGCGGCCAGCCAAGAUUGCAUUUGAAUAAGUGUCGCGGCGGCAGAAUUAAAGCGUUAAUUGAGACAGAGAGGGAGAGAGACGAUGGCAUUAUUCCGCACGCGGUAAUUACUUUGCAACCAGCUUGGUAGGAAAACGUUGACGUUUUGAGCGGCUUGAGGCAAAAUCGAAAUUGUCAGAAAAUUGAAGCGAAAAAAAUCCCGUGGAUUAGUUCGCCUUUCGAUAUUUUUGAUUGUAGAUUUCGAAAACGGGCAUGUCAGUAACAUUUAAAAACAAUAGUUGAGGUUUUAGAUGAACAGGCUAGGUUAAGUAUAAAAUUUUCACUCAAUCAAAUUUGAAAUAAUAUUUUGUUUUUUACUGAAAAACUUUUUUCCGAUGAUGAUAUUCAGAUUUUUUUUUAGUGAAAUGAAACAGUAUAGACUAGUUCGUACUUCAAAGAGAAAUAAAAGAAAUGAGAAAUACUGACAAAGGGAUCUUUUCAAUUCUUUUUUUUUUUCUUUUUUUUUAAAUAUGUUCCUUCCCCUUGAUUUAUCUCCAAAAUCUGAAAAAAAGGUUCAGUUGAUCCGAUUUCGAAUCUAUAACCUCACUCAACGAUCCUGACGAGAAAAGACAACUUUCUGAAAUGGAAAAAUAAAACAGGAAAUACAUUGAAAUUAUGUUUCGAACUGUUUGAUUAUCAGGAAGCAAGAAAAGCUGCAAAUGACACGACACUGGCGAGUGUCGCGUCGAACCUCGAGCCCAUCGGUCGCAUUCAGAUGCGUACGCGGCGAACCCUCAGGGGUCACUUAGCCAAGGUUUGAACUGAAAAAAGUCGCAGCUCAUCUCUUGGCUCUGUGUAGAUUUAUGCGAUGCACUGGGCGUCGGACAGCCGGAAUCUGGUCUCGGCGUCGCAAGACGGAAAGCUCAUCGUCUGGGACUCGUACACGACCAACAAGGCGAGUAUCCCUUAAAUAGUUUUUGAAAUCUCACGGAGAAUAUAUUUAGGUCCACGCGAUUCCCCUCCGAUCGUCUUGGGUGAUGACGUGCGCCUACGCUCCUUCUGGAAGCUUCGUCGCUUGUGGAGGUUCGUUUCUAGUGAAAGCUUAUAAUGAGGCUGAAAUCUCUAUUUUAAUGUUUGACGUGAAGUUGAAUUGUGAAACGUUUAAAUGGAUGUCUUGAAAUCUAUCUGUAAAAAUCGAGGCGUUCGAUUGAUAGAAAUAAAUAACCAGUUAAAAUGUUCCAGUCUCAUUGUGUAGAAGAAGUUGGGAAACUCAAAAAGUGACCGUGACCAAAAGGAGACAAAAAAGGGACAGCAAAGUAAGAAUAGUAAAAAUUAGGCAAGAGCUUCAAAAGAAGUCGCGAUUGAUCUGAGAAAAAUCUUAAAAAUCUGAAGAAAGCUCUUUUUUCGGCGACCUAACUUCAUACUGUUUUCUUAGAACUAUUUAAGUUGGUUACUUUAAUUUUUGUCUCUCAAGAAAUAAAUCGACUAAAAACUUCCUGCUCCAAUAUUAUCAAUUUCAAGUAGUAUUACGACGAUUUCUUAGCAUCGCGGUCUCCAAAAAAGUUUCCAGGAUUGAGAAUGAAAGAUAUCAGCUCAGAACACCCGAAUAUUGAUCCGACAUCACUAAUUUUAAAUGUCUUUAGAGAAAACAAUGAGGAUAAGAAUUUUCUUUUGACGAGCUAAUCUUUCUCUCUAGUUUUUAUUCAUUCCACCAGGUUUGUUCUUCAUUUACGUACUUGUCUCGAAAUCGUCAUAAAAAAGUGUUAAACUUGGUUUUAUGUUAGCUUUUUUUGGGAUCUGACAGAGACGAGGAUUUUUCCUUGUUCAGGGAUUUUUGUAUUGGGAUUAAGUUUGACUAGCUGCGAGGGCGAUUUAUUUCAAUUUUGUUAUCCAGUUUUUUUUUUUACUUUUUGACUAUUGAAGGAAAAAUAUUUAGGGAUGAAAGAAAGUAAUAGAAGGUUGGAUCAAGAACCAGCUUGAGAGCCUCUAAAAAUUUUUUCAAAGCUGGGAAUAUUUCAAAUUAUUUAGAAAAUGACUUUUUCAAUAUAAUAUUUGGAGAGAUCCUUUCACAAAACCUUCCAUAUGGGCUUCGAAACCUCAUUUGUGAUAAGGAGGAUGAGUUUCAGGACUCGACAACAUUUGCUCGAUUUACUCGCUGAAGACGCGCGAAGGCAACGUUCGCGUGUCGCGAGAACUCCCAGGCCACACCGGAUACUUGUCGUGCUGUCGGUUCCUUGACGACAACCAGAUCGUCACCUCUUCUGGCGACAUGACUUGGUUGGUUUUUAGAGAGCUGUCGGGGAACUCUUUCUUUUUCUGAAAGGAAAAAUAUCAAAGUCAUUGUGAAGAGAAAAAAUACAUGAUUUUACUGGGAAAAGCGUCAUUGUCACUGUGAAGAAAAAAAAGUCGAGAAAUUGUAAUCGUGUUAUCGAAGAUAUUGAUCAAACAAAUUUUGAAUUUUUGAUUCAAUAAAUUUAUUUUCUGCAACAAUUUUGGGCGCUUCAAAGUAACCAUCAUACAUCGGCUGGUCCCACCCCAGCCAUUUGCGCGCCAAAAAAUAAUUUGAAAAUGUACUGCAAUAGGCCGCACCACGGUAUGGGAUCCAGCCGACGUAUGGUAACCGUUUACUCUUAUAAACUUCCUUGAGAAGUUUUGCAGAGUUUGGUCGACAUUUUCUUGAUCGCAGAAAAUUUCAGCGCUAUCAAGUAAAUAAUGAACAAAGAAAGUGAAAAGUAUAUCGAAGCGACAGAAUCAAGAAAGAGUUUUCUGAUUACGAAAAGCCAUUAGGAUGCCUUCCCAGAACUUUUAACCGUUUUAACUUCUCAUUUGUCGAAUUAUUAUUUUUUUAUUUGAAACGAAAGACGCGGUCACAUUUUUCACGUUUUAAAUUUUUUUAAAAUGUCUGUAAAACAAUUUGUUUAAUGUAAGUUGUUUCAAGUUUGGUUAUUUUUUUCAAUGAUAAUUUAAUUUUUAUCAUUGAUAAAGAAUAAUAAUUUCAACACGGAAGCAGUCGGAUAAAUUUCAUUUCAUUUUCUAUUCGAAUGCCAUAACUUUACUUGGAUUUUUUUGUAACUCAGCUGCAUCAUGGCAAAUUUCAGGCUCUCAUUAGAAAAUUAUUAAUUCUAGCCAAAUUUUGAGGAAUUCUCGUGUUGAAAAAGACAACAUCUAUUUUAGGACCCAAUUUAUAAAUGAAUCAUCAACCAAGUUUUUUCAACAUAGUGAUUACUGAUUUCCUGUGUUUCUUGAUUUCUCAAAAACGUCCUUCUCUUUUGUUUAGAUUCUAUUAUUGUCUGACGAGCUCCCGUAUUCGAAGAUUUAUGUAAAUUGAGAAUUUGGCCUUGUUAACUCGAAGCGAUGAGCGUAGUUGUCGCAGCGCCGCUCAGGGGGCAGCUCCGCCUCGCCUGACGCGUUUCGAUUCGAGGCACGUCUGCGUAUCGAUUUUCGCCAGCGCGACGCGACAUGCAUUUUGGCGACGCUGAGCGGCGGCUUAGGCUUGAAAAGAGGUUCCGGAGCGUCGAAAAUGGGAAACUCGGGGUGCGAGUAUAGUAAAUUAAAGUUGAACUCGAAGGAAAUUGGAAGUUUUUGUCUUCUCUACUUUUUCCUUCUCACUGUCUCUGAUUUCGACACGAAAAGCAUAUUUUGAGGGGCUUUUUAAAUUAAGAAGAAACUGUGCGCUUUUCAAAUAUCGAAGUUCAAACUUUUAUUAUUGUGAUCAGAAAAGAUAAAUAGCUGAAAAUGUUGGGAAGAUUCUCACUGAUUCUCACUGAUCACUGAACGACUAGAUUUUUGUAUGUCUCAAUUUUUUUUUUGAUUAUUCGAACUGAUAGAAAUCUUGAAAUAAUUCCAUUAAAAAAAAACUAUUCAGAGCUGAUUAUUUUGCAAGAGAACGCUAUGAGUUGGUUUUGGUUCACAGUUCUUUCCAACGAAAAUGAUCGAGUUUGGUAAAUGAGAGUUUUUCAGCGCUCUUUGGGAUAUCGAAACGGGUCAGCAGUGCACGGCGUUCACAGGACACACAGGAGACGUGAUGAGUCUUUCGCUGUCCCCGGACAUGCGCACGUUCAUCUCUGGAGCCUGCGACGCCUCUGCAAAGGUCAGUCAGCUCGAAAUGACGUUUUUUGAUUGGAUUCAAAAUUUGAAAAGUAACAAUCUAGGAUAUGGAUAGGAUCUUUGUACUGUGUUAAGAGAAAAUUUUAUAAGGCGAGAAAAUGGAAAAGAAAGGAACUUUGAGAGAACGGAAUAUUUGAAUAAAAAGACCUUCUGAACAUUUUGAAAACAGUAGAACUUUCGAGUUUCGCCUCCCUUUCUGUUUUCUUCGAUCAUCAUUUUGACAAGGAAAUGGAACUUUUAUUAGGAAUUUUUCCGUUUUUUUUUCUGGUUUCUGGUUUGAAUGAAACUUUAUUAGGCUGAGAUUACUGUGAAAGUAACUUUUAAGACUCUACAUGAAUGUUUCUUGAAUGUAUCUAUCUUCAACAUAAGUUUAUCGAAGUUUUUUUAUUUAGUAAUAUAAUCGCAUUUUUGAUGUCUUUUUGAUCUUCCUUGAGAUAAAAAUCAACUUUUUUUCAUCAUGAAGAGUUUUUCAGCUUUGGGACAUUCGGGACGGCAUGUGCAAGCAGACGUUCCCCGGACACGAGUCCGACAUCAACGCCGUCGCGGUUCGUUUCUCCUUCUUUCUCAUUCUUUGCUACAUUCUCUUGAAGAAAACCUCAGUUCAAAUUCAAAGAUCUAUGAAUUCACACGUCUUGUUAGACGACUUUUCUUUGAAUCUCGGUCCCUGGAGACCAUUUUUCCUAUUUUCUCUUUGGAAAAGUCUGAGCUCUUUUCUAGGAUCAGAAAGUUGUUUUUCAGAAUCAAAUACUUUAAUACGUUGUAGUUCUAAAUUUAAAAAAAUAUUUUUUUCAAAAAAACUAUAAAUUGGAGCGAAAAAAACAGCUUUAAAAUUUAUUUUUCCAACAUGUUGUUCGAGGAUUUUUUUGUUCAGAACAAUUUCAGAAAAAAAAUAAUUUUUCUAAAUUUUUUUGAUUAUUAACGAAUAGCCAAGCUGUUCAUUUCAUGUUUAAUAAAACAGGCGCAACAAGAUUAUCGUGAGCAACUAGUGGAAAAGUAUAAUGUAAUUCAGUCGACACAGAAUGCAUAGGAAGGGGUCGAAAUUCCGAUUCAAAAAAUAUUUUCUUUGCUCUAACUUGAGCUUAAUAAAGCUUUUGGUCACCGUACUCUCAUGAACCUUCCAUUUUCUUCUUGAAACAUGCUGUCGAAAUGAAUGUUUCAAUUUUUCUUUGAAAACAAAUAAAAAAAAUAGAGAUUUUUCAGUUCUUCCCGUCGGGCAACGCUUUCGCGACAGGAUCUGACGACGCGACGUGUCGUCUUUUCGAUAUUCGCGCCGAUCAGGAGCUCGCCAUGUACUCGCAUGACAAUAUCAUUUGCGGUUGGUUUCUUGCGUUCUGAUGUCAUUUUUCCGUUCACUAUCGCUGUUGCAGGUAUCACCAGUGUGGCGUUCUCGAAGUCUGGUCGCUUAUUGUUCGCCGGCUACGACGACUUCAACUGCAACGUUUGGGAUUCGAUGAGACAAGAACGAGCAGGUCCCUUUUCGAUUCUACUCAAAUCUAUCGUUUUCUAUUUAUCUUUCUGAAGCUAUUGGAGUUAGAAACUUAUAUUAGCAAGAGCGGCACUCACUGAGAUCCAAAUAUUUUGUCAAGAUCCUAUUAUUUUUCUUUUAUUGUCUUUUUUUUAUUAUUUAUUAUUUCUCAUCUUUCAAUAUUUUUUUGAACACAGGCCAAUUAAAGCGUAUCGAGGGAAAUGAUACGCUUUUCCAGCUAACUACGCGGUGUGAAAUUUUCAGUAGUCUCUCUUGUUGCUCUCUUUAUUAAGUUUAGCUCUCGAGAACUUUUGGUCAGCUUGCCUAGCUUCAAAUAUUCAAGGGUCCAUAAAAAUAUGACCGCUGUUUCCGAAAGCAAACUCUGUGAAAGUUACAAAUGAAUAAUGGAAACUACAUUUUUCAUCCGCUCUCUUUUCGAGAACAUCCACUCAAACAGUUUUGAUUAUAGUUUGAUUAACAUCAGUUCCUUUUUCAAGACGCUGACGAAAACCUUUUUCUCGAGUAUUUUCUGAAAAAGAAAUUUGCAGGCGUCUUGGCGGGCCACGACAAUCGCGUAUCUUGUCUGGGCGUGACGGAGGACGGAAUGGCCGUCUGCACAGGCUCCUGGGAUUCGUUCCUCAAGAUUUGGAACUGA